AAAAUUGUAUUCUAAUAUUUUGUUAACAUAAUGACAUAAGGAGUUAAGUGACAUAGGAAUUUUAUUGCAAUGUUUCGUUGCUGAUAUCUUCACUAAGGGGUUAAUAUCACAUUAUAUGGUUUAUAACCGGAAGCUUCAAACUAUAAUUAUAUAAAAUCGAAUUGUGAAAAUUUAAAAUUCUUUAAAAUAAAUAAUUGAGAGGUGAAAAGUGAAUUUAGAAAUAAGAGAUCAACAUAAAGAAGUAGUGAGAAUAAAGUAUAGUAUUGAGAACAAUGUACAGCUCAGUUAAAAUUACGUGAACGAAUAUCACAAAUGGUUGAAUAAAAUAACCAAUAAAUAAAAGUCUUUACAUGUCUUUUAUAAUAUUUUAUAUUAUUUAAAGCCAUAUCAAAUAAGAUUGUGGGAAGGUGUAAUCCGUAAUAUUAAUUUUGUGGUGAAAUAUAAAGACGUAUUAGUGUCCGCCCUUUUUCGUUAUAAAAGAUGGUACCAUCAUGUUUCGAGGUGAUCCUUGUCGGUUUUAUCCUUAUUUUACCAUUCUUAUACGAAAUGAGCAGGACCUUUCGUUACUAUUUCAAGAUUUCAUUCUACUGUGGAUAUAUGAUGAUAAAUUCAUUUUUAUUGCUCCCAAUUCUGAUGUUACGACCAAGGAACGUAAAAAAUUAUCUAUUAGGAUCACUUAUGUGUUCUUGGCUUACUAAAUUCUUAGGAGUACAUUGGGAAUUAAGGGGGAAAGAACAUUUAGAACAAGAAAGAGCAUGUAUAAUAGUAGCAAAUCAUCAAAGUUCUUUAGAUGUAUUGGGAAUGUUCAAUAUAUGGCCAAUAAUGGGAAAGUGUACAGCUGUAGGAAAAAAAGAAAUUUUAUAUGCAUGGCCAUUUGGUUUAGCCGCUUGGUUUUGUGGAAUGAUAUUUAUAGAUAGAAUGAAUUCAGAAAAAGCCCAUUCAGUUAUUAAUAAUGCUGCAAAUUAUAUUAAAGAAAAAAAGAUAAAAUUAUGGAUAUUUCCUGAAGGAACUAGACGCAAUACUGGUAAAAUUUAUCCAUUUAAAAAAGGUGCUUUUCAUGUUGCUAUACGUUUUCAAUUACCUAUAUUACCAGUUGUAUUUUCCUCUUAUUAUUUUUUAUCCUCUGAAGAAAAGAAAUUUGAUCCUGGUCGUGUUAUUAUAACAACAUUACCACCAAUAUCUACAAAAGGAUUAAAAACAGAUGAUACUGAACAUUUAAUGGAAAUAACACGAAACAUUAUGAUGGAAGCUUUUCAUGCAACUAGUCGUGAAAUACAGUUUUCAAAUGCUUCUGCUACUUCCUAAAGUAAAGCAGUUAUUUUAUUGUAUAAAUAAAUUUUAUAUUCAUUCGUA